AACAGCUGAGCAAGGAACAGAAACCAGCCAUGGACGACUUUUUGUCUAUCAGCCUGCUCUCGCUGGCUAUGCUGGUAGGCUGCUACGUGGCUGGGAUCAUCCCUUUAGCCGUUAAUUUCUCUGAGGAAAGGUUAAAGUUGGUCACAGUCCUUGGUGCUGGCCUCCUUUGUGGAACUGCCUUGGCUGUCAUUGUGCCUGAAGGAGUACAUGCGCUUUAUGAAGAUAUUUUGGACGCGAAGCACCAUCCAGUCAGUGAGACACAAAAGGUGGCUGAAUCUGAGAAAGCAGCAGAAAUGCCAGUGGUGCAUGACCAUGAACUCGACCAUUCAAGAUUACAUGCUUACAUUGGAGUUUCCCUCGUCCUUGGCUUUGUCUUCAUGCUUCUGGUGGAUCAGAUCGGCAGCUCUCAUGUACACACGGCAGAUGACCCAGAAGCAGCAAGGGCAAGCAAUUCCAAAAUCACUACUACACUGGGAUUAGUUGUUCAUGCUGCAGCGGAUGGUGUUGCCUUAGGGGCAGCUGCCUCCACAUCUCAGACCAGCGUCCAACUAAUAGUGUUCGUUGCAAUUAUGUUGCAUAAGGCACCAGCUGCCUUCGGCCUAGUCUCUUUUCUUAUGCAUGCUGGUCUUGAACGGAAUCGAAUCAGGAAGCACUUGCUGGUUUUUGCACUAGCAGCACCUGUUUUAUCGAUGGUGACUUAUUUGGGGCUAAGUCAGAGCAGUAAACAGGCUCUUUCAGACGUCAACGCCACUGGAGUCGCCAUGCUUUUUUCUGCAGGGACUUUUCUCUAUGUUGCUACAGUUCACGUCCUCCCGGAGGUGGGUGGCAUGGGCCAUAGCCACAAAGCUGAAGCUGCAGGAGGGAAAGGACUCAGCCGCCUGGAGGUGGCAGCUCUAGUCCUGGGCUGCCUGAUUCCUCUGAUUUUGUCCAUUGGACACCAGCAUUAAAGACCUGAAGUCUAGCAACCUGUUCCUCAAUCUGACAUGAGCAGCAAGCGUUGGCUGCCCUUUUAUCAUUGUCUCUCUUACCUUGUUAACCAACCCAUCUGUGUAAGGAGUCAGAGAGAAGCAUGACCGCAGAAGGAGGAAUUCUGGGAGAGCUUUUAGUGUAGCAGGCCGUACUUUGGAAAGCCGGAUAUUAAUUCUGCUUAAUAUUUCUGAAGAUAACUUUAAUUAUGACUUCCUGCCCUAUUCUCAGGGAAGCUGAAAUUUAGAUUGAUUUCAUGGCAGAUGAUUUGGGAAGAACUUUGUGGUUCACAAUGAAAUCAUAAUCACCAAAGUAUUCUGUGUGUCAGCAUUUACAGCUGACCUGUUGACAUUGGAUGCUGCCUUCAGAUACAUGGGACUCCUGUUCACCUCCUCAAAAUUUUACAUGUUAUAAUGAUAGCACAGGCUAUCUUGGGAAGAUAAAUCUGAUACAAA